AUGGCCAAUAGCAAUUCUAACCACUGGUCUCAAAGCUUUCGACCCCACGUGGUUAUACAAGAUGCCUGGGAGCAGUCCCAGGACCCGGAGACACAUCAUGAGCACCCAGCUUCUGCUAAAGCCGCAUUUGUGGCACAGGCCGCCAACCAAGCCAAUUUGCGCCAACAGGCCCAACGUGCAAUCCAUGCUUCGUGGACAGACCAGUACUCGCACCAUGGGCUCAUAAGCACCGAUAAUGCUUCUCAAUGGCAACAGGCACACAUGGCUCAGCAACCGCAGCAAAUGCAGCAGACACAACAGGCACAACAGCACCAGCACCAGCACCAGCCGCAAUAUCCCUCGGGUCAGCAGUAUACGAGACAACCUGUCACCAAUCCGCCUUCGUCCUUGUAUUCAUCCAAUACCUCCCGUCGAGCCCAAGUUCUGGCGCCGAAUCCUUCUCGAUCGGCGUCGGGUGCCCAAUUCCCAGAGCGGGAUUAUACAAACAGCACACUCGCGUCCUGGAAGACCUCAAAUCGCAUCCCCGCCAUCCGGAAGCACUGGCAUGUCUACAGCAGCCCGAACAUCUUCAUUACAUUCAUCUAUUAG